AGAGUCUACUGAUGUAUAUAUGCAGGUAGGAGAAUUGAAUCAGCCCUUUGAGACAGUAAUAUAAUAAAAACUGUUUGGGGUCAGCCGUUCUCCUAAUUUUUCUACUUUCUUGUGGGAAUGAGUUGCCAAUCUUUUACUUCGGCUGACACCUUUAUACCUCUGAAUUCUGACACUUCUGCAACCUUGCCUCUGAUAAUGCAUCACAGUGCUGCUGAAUGUCUACCAGUCUCCAACCACGCCACCAACGUGAUGUCCACAGCGACGGGACUUCAUUAUUCUGUUCCUUCCUGUCAUUACGGAAACCAACCAUCGACUUAUGGUGUGAUGGCAGGCAGCUUAGCACCCUGUCUGUACAAGUUUCCUGACCAUACCCUGAGUCAUGGCUUUCCACCCCUGCACCAGCCUCUCCUGGCAGAGGACCCUGCGGGCACAGAAUUCAAGCAGGAGCUCAGGCGGAAGAGUAAACUGGUUGAAGAGCCAAUAGACAUGGAUUCUCCAGAAAUCCGAGAGCUUGAAAAGUUCGCCAAUGAAUUUAAAGUGAGAAGAAUUAAGUUAGGAUACACCCAAACCAACGUCGGCGAAGCACUGGCAGCAGUACAUGGAUCUGAAUUCAGUCAAACUACCAUAUGCCGAUUUGAAAACCUGCAACUCAGCUUUAAAAAUGCAUGCAAACUAAAAGCAAUAUUGUCCAAGUGGCUGGAGGAAGCGGAACAAGUAGGAGCUUUGUACAAUGAAAAAGUUGGAGCAAAUGAAAGAAAAAGAAAGCGGAGAACAACAAUAAGUAUUGCCGCUAAAGAUGCCCUGGAGAGACAUUUUGGAGAACAGAAUAAACCUUCCUCUCAAGAGAUUAUGCGGAUGGCAGAAGAACUGAAUCUGGAGAAAGAAGUUGUAAGAGUCUGGUUUUGCAAUCGAAGGCAGAGAGAGAAACGUGUGAAAACAAGUCUGAAUCAAGGUCUAUUUUCUAUAUCAAAGGAGCAUCUUGACUGCAGAUAAGAAUGUUUUUCCCAUUGCCUUUUCAUUUCUGCUUUCCAGCAAAAAAACAGAAAUAUGUUAUUGGUUACCUUAAAAAUGAUUUUAAAAAAUAUCU